AUGGAAUUAUCUGAAGCAAUAGAACUACAACGAAUCGACGAUGUUUAUUUAAUAAGGGGUCCGAGACGUCCACAAAUAGGUUCACUCGCUUUAAUCGGUCAUCAUUUGAUUUUUUCACCACUUUCAGCACCAUCUGCAACAAAAUCCAACAGUCAUCAUCCUGAUGAGCUUUGGCUUUUGCAUCGAGCAGUCGAUCGUGUCACUGUGGAAAAUUUAAGUAAGGAAAAUCCUUCAAAAGGUGGCAGUCUUAUUUUAAAAUGUAAAAAUUUUAUGAUUUGUAUUUUCGAAAUUAAUAAUAUCGAUAGUUGUAUGGCAGUCGCACGCUCAAUUGGUAAACUUUCUAAUUUAAGUGGUAUCCAACAUGAAUAUCCUUUUUAUUAUCGGUGCCCAUUCACAGUACUUGAUAAUGGUUGGACAGCAUUUGACACUGAGCAAGAAUAUGCCAAGUUAAUGAUACGAUGCCAAGAGGGUUGGCGUAUCAGUAGUGUUAAUGCGAAAUACAGGGUAUUAUUUUUAUUUUUGCAUAGCUGUAGUUUGUUGGAGAAACUUUUUUAUCCAGAAACCCCAGGAAUUGGUGAUGAUUACUUACGUAUAUCUGCAACAUUUCGAGAUGGUGGACGAUUUCCAGUUUUGAGUUAUUAUCAUCACGAAACAAAGUCAUGCAUAAUGCGUUGUGGACAGCCUCUAAUUGGACCAGCGAAUCGAAGGUGCAAAGAAGAUGAAUCAAUCCUCAAUGCCGUUCUUUCUUCAACGAGUAAAGGAAUUAUACUAGAUACUCGAUCCAAACAGAUUGCUUCUAGUUCCAAAAAUAAAGGAGGUGGUUGUGAGCCGCAAGUAUAUUAUUCUCAAUGGAAAUAUGUGAAUAGUGCAGUUCCUCGUAUAAAAGAAAUUCGCGAUGCAUUAAGCAAGCUUAUGGAAUUGUGUGAUGAUUCGCCCCAGUCCGUCGAUCGUUGGCUUUCUAAACUCGGUUCAUGUGGAUGGCUUCAAGCUGUUGCAGAUACACUAACGUCAGCUGCAACGGUGGCUCAAUGUAUUCAUUGUGGGAAAAAUUUAGAAGUGCCUGUUGUCGUUCACGGAGGUGAAGGAACGGAUUCUACUCUUCUUGUCACUUCAAUUUCACAGUUGCUUCUCGAUUCUGAUGCACGCACUAUUAGAGGAUUUCAAUCACUCAUUGAACGUGAAUGGAUCAGUGCUGGUCAUCCCUUCCAACUUCGUUGUGCACAUUCGGCUUAUGCAAGUGGUAGUGUCACAGGACCUUAUGAAUCUCCGGUUUUUCUUCUUUUUUUGGAUUGUAUUUGGCAGGUUUAUCAACAAUUUCCUUGUUCUUUCGAAUUCACAGAAGAAUUUCUAAUAUUUCUUUUUGAACAUGCUUAUGCUUCCGAAUUCGGUUCAUUUCUAGGAAAUAAUGAGAAAGAUAAGCAACAAUUUGAAAUUAAAAUUCGCACUUGUUCAUUAUGGUCCUAUGUGAAUAAUCCUGAAAUUUUACGUGGGUAUGUUAAUGCUCUCUAUGAGCCAAAUCAAUCAGUUUUGUGGCCAAGCGUAGCACCGCAAAGCAUUGUAUUAUGGGAACGUUUAUAUCUUCGAUGGCAACGAGACUGGAAGCAAAUGGAUGGUGUGAAACAAACUAUAAUGCAGUGGAAAAAUAAAGAAAAGGAAUUGCAAUCGAAAGUUUUGGUUUUAAGACGGCAAAUUAUUGAGCUUUCAAAAAGCAUAAACGUGCAAGAAUAA